AUGAGCUGCCCUUUCCACCUUACGCGCCCCAGUUCCGGCUUUGCUCUAUGGUCUGCACAGCGGAGGGUGGUAGGAACAGUAGAAAGUGCAGCGACCAGCACCUCCAUCAUCGCUCCUGCGCCACCGACUGCAGCGGCGUUCUGUAGGCGGCUCACCACCCCCGCUAUCACGACCACAGUCGCCUUUGAUAGCGCCGCUAUACCAACCACCACCACCGCUUUCGAAAAGAACGGAGCAUAUGCAGUGGAUACCCACGACGAUGACACGGAGACAAUGGAAGUGCCACAGCUCGACGCAUCCUGGUCAUCAUGGGCCAGCACUAGCGAGCCGACAUUCUCGCCCGCUCAUCAUACGGCAACACUCGCGGACAUCACAUACGAGACAAUGCAGCGGCAACUUGAGCGCACCCUGGCGAUUGAACUCUGCGACGGCGACAAGACCUAUAAACGCGCGCCGUCAACGAUAGAUCAGCCAGGGCCGCCAUUGGACAUGGGGCGCUGGCAGAGUUCGCACGGGAACGGCGGCGCAUACAGGCAAGUGCGCGUGCAGGAGUCGAUGCCGGAGUAUAUGCGCUCGCCAUCUGCGAGCGAGCUCCCACCACCCAACUGGAGCCUCGAACCCAUCCUCGCCAAGCAGGAUGGCAAAUGCGAAAUCGGGUUGGACUUCGUCCCGGAGCUGAUGUUCGCACCGUCCCCCAGCAGCUUUCCAUCACCGAACUGGGGUGAUGAGCUGGACUGGUUCGCGGACUUUCCAGUCCCAUCCCUGAGCUCAAUCUCCUCGGGCUCCUCCACAUCGAGCGUGACUCCAUAUAAUGGACCCGUCGCGAGUCCGCGCCCCGUGAAGUCGCCGAAACUUCACAUCGCGGAGGUCGCGCAUCUGGAGGCGGAGGCGGCGGCGGUGGUCGCGGAGCAGGAGGCACACAGGCAGAAAGUGUUGGCCGCACAGCAAUGGGCCGAAGAACGCUAUGAACGCGAGCGCGCGCAGGAGGAGCUCCGGCGCAAGCGAGCGAGUCGUAUGAUGCAAGCGCUGGCUGCCGCGGGCGGGAAGGCGUCCAUCGGAAGUAACGAGUCGAAGGCCGCGUGGGCUGAGCGCCAGGAGCAGAGCGUGUGGUGCUUUGGAUCUGUGCGUCGUCGCAGGGCGUAG